AUGAUGCUCCUCCUCUCCACCCUUUUCACGCUCGGCUCCCUGAGCUCAGUCGCCCUCGGGGCACCCACAGCUCCCGCAGCCACCUGCGACCGCGACUUCCUCAAGGCCCAAGCGGCCUCCUACGUCGCUGCGCAGAAAGCCGGCACCCCCUCCCUCACCAACUCCUCCUCCGGUUCAACCAUCACCUACACCCAAAACUUCAAGACCGCCACCCUCUCCUCCUCCAUCCUCUCCAUCCCGCUCCGCAUCGACCACAACCGCAGCACCUACGACACCACCCAAUGCGCCACCUACACCGAACUCAUCAGCACCGAAACCAACAAACAACACGUCAUCGGCACGCAAAUGCGUUUCUCCCCCGCGGGCGACACCCUCUCCCUCUCCAAAGUCGAAACCAUCGUCACCUCCACCGGCGACUGGCUCUUCAACCCGUCUCAAACACUCAAGUACUCCUCCCAAGAAUCCUCCCAGGGGCUCUGGGACGAGAUCCCCCUCGCCAAGCGCGACACCCGCGCAGUCAUCCAAGCGGCUGGUGACGCGUAUCUGGAUCUGUUCAAUAACAAGAGCGUUAAAGUGCCGUGGGGAACGCCGUGCGCGAGACUGGAGGGCGGGAGUUAUAUCCAGCCCAGUUGCAAUGUGGGCGUGCCGAGCGGGAUUAGGAAUGUGAAUAGACGGUAUGUGGUGUUGGGGACGGUGGAUGUGUUCUUUGACUUUGCGGGGGCGGAGCCGGAUAGUCAUGAGUUUAGGGUUGAGGGGGGCAAGUUGAGGUUGGUGCAUACUAUGACUGUUAUGAAUGUCUCUUCCAUACCUCUUACCUUUACCACAAGCGCAUCGACUCUUAACACCAUGGCCGAGAUGGCAAACAGUCUGUUGAACAUGGUCAUUGACGGCCAUGAGGAUGGAAAAGAUGAAGAAUCCCAUUCUGACCCCAAGGCUGGCGCUGACGGCGCUGUCUCCGCCCCCGGACCCGACAAUUCGGACAGUCUCCAGUCCCUGACUCGCGAACACUCCAACGACAACGACUCCCACACCACCCAGGCCAUCGAGGAUGACGCCGCCUGGAGUUCGUCCAUCGACGACACCGUCACCCUCCAAAAUCAUGUCCCGCCUACCCACCCCUUCGCCGCUCCCGACAUGAGCCUCAUCUUCGACUUCUCUCCCGUCCCAUUACUCCUCCUGUCCUCGUCGUGCUGCAUCACCCGAGUCUCGAAACGCUUCUGCCAAGACUGGCACGACUGCAUCGGCAAGUUCCUCUUACCCUUUCUCGAGAGCCACGUCCGCGAAACCGGCGCCAGCAAAUCGAAACAUAUUGCCGAAGCCGUCGAUGAUGCCGUCGCCUCUCGAGCCGAGCGCACCUCCAAGGCUAUCACCGUCAAGAGCGCCUUCACCUGUCGCGCUCGCGUCAUCCCCAUCUUUCGAGAUGCCGAGCUGGUCUCCAUCUACCUCGAAUGGCACGAGCGUCCAUCCUCCGAUCUAGUCCAACCGGGCCUAUCCACCGAUGAAGCCUUUCGCAUUCUCGACUAUGCCAUCUUCCUCCUCGAUACGAAAGGUCACAUCGCGACAUGGAAUACAGGAGCUCAGUUGCUCAAGGGCUAUACUAGGGAGGAAAUCAUAGGCAAACACUUCUCCAUUUUUUACGGCAAAGAAGAUUUGGACAUCAAGAAGCCAGACAUGGAACUUGACAUCUGUCUUCGCGAAGGUCAUGAAGGCUGGCGCUACAAGAAGGACGGAACGCGCUUCUGGGCCAACGUCGUCAUCACGGCGAAUGGUGUCCAUGUCGGCUUUGGCAAGGUCACGCGCGACUUAACGGAGCGUAAGGCGUCCGAGUCCCGCCUGAUUGCUGCCUACGAGGAGAGCGAGAAGCUCAAAUCCGACUUCCUCGCCAACAUGAGCCACGAGAUCCGUACCCCAAUGCAUGGUAUGCUGUCGGCUUGCGCGUUGCUCCUCGACUCGCCUCUUACCGAGAGGCAGCGAGAUAUUAUAUUGUUGCAGGUCAUCAACGACAUCCUCGACUAUUCCAAGCUGGCAUCGGGCAUCAGCUCCGAUGUUGUCGGUGUCGCCAGUAUCAUCACGUCAGUGACGACGUUACCGCCAGCAGUCCACUUCGAGCUCUUCCUCGCCCCCAACCUCCCCAAGUCCGUCCAAGGCGACCCCCUCCGUUACCGCCAAAUCGUCCAAAACAUCGUCGGCAACGCGGCCAAGUUCACCGACAAAGGGUACAUCCGCGUCAAAGCCUCAGACAGCGACAGCUACACCCUCUUAACCGAAGUCAUCGACACGGCCGCCUCCGCCUCGCUCUUCACCCCCUUCAGCCAAUUCGACCUAACCACCACCAAGCGUUACAAGGGCACUGGUCUCGGCCUCUCCAUCGCCAAAUCCCUCGCCGAGCUCAUGGGCGGCCGCAUCGGCUACCGCCCCAACCCCGAACGUCACGGCUCCAUCUUCUGGUUCACCGCACGCUUCAAGAAGAUUAAGAACUGGAAGCACCAAAUGGCCGCUAAAGACGGCUCGCCCAUCUCGCCUGUUCAACCCGAUGUCACGGUCCUUCAACAACGUCUCGCCGCCGUCGCCAGAAGCAAGACCAUCUUGCUCGUCGAAGACAACAUUAUUAACCAAAAAGUUAUGCUUGGCAUGCUGCGCUCUCUUGGCUUUAAGAGCAUCGACCUGGCAGCCGAUGGCGCCGCGGCCGUGAAGAUGGUCACCGGGAAACCAGUCGGGUAUGAUAUCGUGCUGAUGGAUAUUAACAUGCCUAUCCUUGAUGGACAUGAAGCCUCGCAGAGAAUCCGUGACGCUGGGGUGAGGGUGCCUAUUAUUGCUAUGACUGCUUACGCCCUUAAAGGGGACCGUGAGAAGUGCUUGGAAUACGGCAUGAACGACUAUCCUGUCGACAGGAAGUACCUGAUCAAGGUAUUGGCUACCUGGAUCCUCGAAAAGGUCGACUACCGCAAGGCAUAUGACGAAAGGUUGCAGCAGUUGAAGACUUUUGAUGAGAAGCUGCAUCGGCUGAGUGUGAGUGAGAGCGCGGCAGUGGCCGUAGCUAGGAGGGAGAGUGUAGAUGGGGGGAUAAAGCCCGGGAUGGCGUUGGGAGGAGACGAGGGGGGUGUGAAGGGGUGGGCUACCCCAUUCAGGGAGGGAGAGAAGGUACAUAAUGCAGGCGUGGUGCAGGGGACAUUUGAAGAGCCGGCGUGUGUGAGGAUCCGGGAGCUGGUGGAAAGGACGGAAAGGCCCAAGGAGGGGCCACUGCCCAGUGGUGAUCAAGAAGGACGACAAGAGCUACCCAAUGGUGGUGGUGCGGAACCUAUCCCUGCCGAGGAGGAGAAAAGGGAUGUGAACGGCGGCGAGGUGAACCAACCGCCGCCGGUCAGCGAUGUUAUUGAUGGUGGAACAAAUGAAGCCUCGGAAGGUUGA